AUGGAGGAGGUGACGGAGGCGGUGAACAACCUUACCAUAGGGGAAGGAGCAGCGGCGACGGCGGGAGCGGAGGGGCACAAGAAGAACCGCAUCCAGGUCUCCAACACCAAGAAGCCCCUCUUCUUCUACGUCAACCUCGCCAAGAGGUACAUGCAGCUGCACGAAGAGGUGGAGCUCUCGGCCCUCGGCAUGGCUAUUGCAACUGUGGUGACUGUUGCGGAAAUUCUAAAAAAUAACGGCCUUGCUGUUGAGAAGAAAAUAAUGACAUCUACUGUUGAUGUCAAAGAUGAUACAAGGAACCGCCCUAUCCAGAAGGUCAAGAUCGAAAUAUUGAUUGGCAAGACGGAGAAAUUCGAUGAACUGAUGGCUGCCGCUGCAGAGGAGAGGGAGGCAGCGGGCGCUGAGGAAGAGCAAAGCUGA